AUGGAGUCUCAUUGUUUUCCUGAGGGUCUUGGGAUUUUGGUUGUGGAUCAUGAUCCUCAAGGGUUGGACUCUCUUCACAAGAUGCUUCUCAAGUGCAAAUACAAAGCACAAGAGGCACUUGAUCUGCUCGACACACGAGAAGAUGAAUUCGACCUAGUACUCGGUGAUGUGGACUUGCCGGACGUGGAUGGUUUCGAGUUUGUCCAACAAGUAGUUGAUAAGACGGAGAUUCCGGUUAUAAUGAUGUGUGAUGACGGGGAGACGAGCAAGGUGAUGAAAGGGGUUCAGCACGGCGCCUGCCACUGUCUCGUCAAGCCCAUAAGGCUUAAGGAGAUCCGCGGCAUAUGGCAGCACGUGUUUCGGAAGAGAAUGCACCAACGAGAUGAUAAUUCUACUAAUAUUCGUGUUGGCAACAAAAGAAAACAGAUGGAUAAUAUUGGUGUUGGUGUUGGUGUUGAUCGUGCAGAUCCACCCAACAAGAAACCUCGGGUGGUUUGGACCCCUGAACUUCACCACAAGUUCGUGAAUGCUGUCCGCGGCAUCGGAGGAUUAGAGAAAGCUGGCCCCAAGAAAAUACUUGACUUAAUGGGAGAGCCUACUCUAACAAGAGAUAAUGUAGCUAGCCACUUACAGAAGUAUAGGAUUUCCGUGAGCAGGCAAAGCAAAGAAAAAGAGGUAAAAGCUUCUUAUAACGUGAUGAAUGAGAGAAGCAUUUGUGCAACGCCAAAAGACACAGGCUUCUAUGCUGCAACGCCAAUGGUGGCCAAUCGGCGAGACACUAGCAUCCGUGCAAUGCGAAUGGAUUACAUUGAUCAGCCAAUUGAGUACAUUAAUCCGCCAAUGCUGUAUAAUGAUGAGCCAGUGGAGUACAUUGAUGAGCCAACACAUAUAAUUGAUGACUUAUUCGAUGCUCAUUACCUUGGAACUGAUUACCAACCACAGAUAACUAUGCUUCGCUACUCAUUACCUUCAACUCAUAUAUAA